AUGGUAUCACAGAUCAGAACGGCUGUAGUGUAUCAUAACAAGACACCUCAUAUAGCUGAUGAAAUCAAACUUCGUAUUCCUAUAGACUUGGACGACGGUCAUCACUUGUUAUUUAGUUUUUAUCAUAUAUCUUGUAAGCCGAACAACAAAGAUGAAGAAGUGGAGUAUCCAAUAGGAUAUAGUUGGCUACCUCUUUUUCGUGACGGUCGUUUAUCUACUGGUGAUUUCCACCUGCCUAUAUGUCUCGAUCGCCUUCCAUCCAGUUAUGGAUAUCUCUCUCCAGACGUUGCCCUACCUAAUGUGCGAUGGCUUGAUGCGCACAAACCGACAUUCAAUCUCGCCAUAACAGCCAUCAGCACGGUCCAUCCGCAGGACGAACAUUUGGAGAGAUUUUUUAUUGGUGUAAAUUCGCUGAGUUCGACUGAUAGGAAAAAACCACCCAUAGGUGAAAGCGCUUUGAUCAGUGCUGCACAGGUUGGUAUACUCUAUAUUUGUACAGUUGUGCACUCCCUCUUCACAUCUUCACAUACACUUGCUUGUUCCGAGAAAACUUUAAAAAAUCUAUUGCAGGGUGUUACGAAAGCUAGGCCAGAACCGAUGGUAGCUUAUCUGUACAAUGUGUUGGACAAGCUCAUUGCCCUCAUCGCUAAUCGUCCAUAUACAGAGGCUCUUUCGUCUGCGUGUUUCGAAACGAUCGGUCAGUUGGUGAAGAUUUGUACUAUGUUACUAGACUCUUGUCUGGACAUGCAUGGUCGCAGCGCCCUACUUAGUUCCUACAUUCAUUACUUCAAGAUUGCGAUGAAAGGUUGGAGAAAGCUUUUUUUCUUGCAAUUAUUAACCACUUCGCCUUUCUUAGCCUUUUUGCAUUCGCUGAUUUAG